AUGGUCUGGGUCCCGCCACCACAACACGUUGCCUACUUCUCCAUCCCCGCGCCGAGCGACACCCACUCGCUCGCCGCUCAGCUCCUCCACCACCCGCCCGACAAUGACCCGACCUGGGGCCGCCAAGCCCUCCCUCGCGCACCAGACGAGCACCGCGUACGCCAGUCGCACUCGCAUCGUGACGGCAAGGUCCACCUCGCCGGCAGCAAGACCGACUGGGUCGCGUACCAGGUGUGGGAGCCCACCCGAGGCGCACCCGAACGCCACAGCGACCUCGUCUUUGUCCAUGGCAUCAACGACUUUGGCGGCAAGUUUGCCAUGCACGCCGACAAGUUCCUCGACGCCGGCUACCGCGUCAUCGUGCCUGACCUGCCCGGACACGGCCGCUCGACCGGCAUCCACGUCUACUGCCCCUCGAUGGACGCCCUCGCCGACGCCGUGUACGAGGUCAUCAAGGACGUCGCCCUGCACGACUACGAGCUCGUGCGCGACGGCCCGAGCGGCGCCGCAACCCAGGCGCCGCAGCGCAAGGUCUUUGUCGCCGGCCAGUCGCUCGGCGGGUUCACGGCCGCCUUGACGUGCCUCAAGUACGGCACCUCGCGCGACACGUCGCUCCCCUCGUCCUCGUCCUCCUCCUCACCCUCGCCCUCUCGCGCCUCCACCUCGUUCCGCCCAACCAUCACCGGCGGCAUCUUCCUGUGCCCGAUGCUCGCCAUCUCUCCCUCCUCGCGCCCGUCGUACCUCGUCGAGCUCGUCGGGCGCGCACUCGCGAGCGUCGCGGGCCCACUCCCGCUCGCGAGCGCCAACAAGGGCAAGAACUCGGAGGACCCCGAGGUCGAGGAGGUGUUCAACCGCGACCCGCAGACGUACCACGGCAAGCUGCGCAUCGCGACUGGGUUGGCCAUCCUCCAGGGCAUCCUCGCCCUCUCGGCCGCGCAGUCGCACCUGCGCGUCCCGUUCCUCGUCUGCCACGGCACGGGCGACCGCGUCACGUCGCCGCACGGCUCCGAGGACCUGCACCGCCUCGCCGAGAGCACCGACAAGGAGCUCAGGCUCUUCCCCGAGUACGAGCACAUUUUGCUGCGCAAGGGGAGGGACGAGGCCGACGAUGCGAGGCGGCAGAGCGUGCUCGGCGCCAUGCUGGACUGGCUCGAGCGGCACUGA